UAGGAUUUUUUACUAUCGAUAACGCAUUGGUACACCAUACAUAUUUAUUUACAAGAAAUCAUGGCUGAUAGAUUAACACAAUUGCAGGAUACGGUCAAUCAGCAAGCUGAGCAUUUUUGCAACGCUAUCGGUAUUAUUCAACAAACAUCAUGCCCUAGCAAGUUUCCAAAUUUUGACCGAAGUGGCUCACAAACUCCUUUGAGAACGAAUACCCAGGAAGAUUACGCUCAGCUGUUUGCCCAACUUAUAUCGCGCUGUGCUAAAGACAUUGACACUCUUAUUGAAUCUUUGCCGAACGAGGAUAGCUCUACUGAACUCCAAAAUCAAAGUCUUAGGAGACUUGAAGUGGAAAACCAGGAAGCUGCCAAAAGACUUGAUGAAGUUGCUAGAAGUGGAGAAGUUCUGCUUGAGAAAAUUCAGAUGGCUCUGGAAGAUCUUGCUCAAGCUCAAUUGGAAAUACAUAUAACAUCCCUUAAUCGGUGAUGGGUGGAGACGCGCACGCUAAUAAGUUCAUUCAUUCAUAAUUAUUACUAGCGGACGCGGAUUUACUUGUGAUUUCAUGUAUUUUGUUCAAUUUAGAUAUUAUAAUUGGCUUCAUAAAGGAGGUGAUAAGCAAAGAAUAAUUAAACGUUUUUAUUAAGCUUCAACUAA